CAUACGAAAGGGAAAACCAUUCUGGGCCACCCGCACAAACCAAUGCAGAGAUAUAUUUUUCUUUUUUAAAUAUUUCCUUCUGCUCAACUUUGAAGUUUCCUAAUUUUUUUUUUUUUUUCCUCGUAAGAGUUACAUUGUUAUUUUUUUUUUACCCCUUCGAAAGUGUAUUCCUACUCAUUUGGAUAUUUUUAAUGAAUCCCCCCCGUAGAGGUUAAAAGAAGGAAAAAAAAAAAAAAAAAAAAAAAGCACCCCUCCGCCAGAAGCAUCAAAAUGGAAUCGACAACGGCCGACAUUAAGCUCUUCAAAAAGUGGUCCUACGAAGAUGUGAAUAUUGCGGACUUGUCACUGGUCGACUGCAUCGCAGUGUCCCAGAAGGCCUGCGUGUAUACUCCCCACACUGCAGGGAGGUACCAGAAAAAGAGAUUUAGGAAGGCCCUCUGCCCAAUCGUCGAGCGACUAGUCAACUCGAUGAUGAUGCAUGGAAGGAACAACGGAAAGAAGCUAAAGGCAAUUAGAAUUGUCGCCUACGCUUUCGAAAUCAUUCAUCUCAUGACUGGAGAAAACCCCAUCCAGGUGUAUGUAAAUGCCGUGCAGAAAGGUGGGCCAAGGGAAGACUCCACUCGAAUUGGUUCCGCUGGUGUGGUUAGAAGACAAGCAGUUGAUGUCUCUCCACUCAGGAGAGUGAACCAAGCGAUUUAUCUCAUCUGUACGGGUGCUAGGAACGCCGCCUUCAGAAAUAUCAAAUCCAUUUCUGAAUGCCUCGCGGAGGAAAUCAUCAACUGCGCCAAUGAGUCCUCCAGUUCCUAUGCCAUCAAGAAGAAGGACGAAAUUGAGAGAGUUGCCAAGGCGAACCGAUGAAAAGGGGGGCAAUGCACCUUUUCGCUUUUAUUUUUUUUUCCCAUUUUUACGACAUCGUGGUAGGUU